UAUAUGCACCGUCCGCUCGCGUUGGAGCAGCUGUACCCGCUUGUACCCGCUGCUGCUACUGCUGCUGCUGAUGGAUUCCUGUCGCUCAACCGUCGACGGGUGACGGCUGCCAUGGGGGCGCACACAGGCCGGUACAGUACACUUACACCAGCACAAGCCGUAUAAAUUCUGAUCAACCGACAUCUCGCAAUUUAGUUGCAGUCCGAUAUUUCGUACGAACGAUUGGAGACGAUUUGCUGGAGAGCAGAGCGAUCUUGUCUUGGUUUCUGUCCGUCGAGCUGUCACUGCUGCUGCUGCUGCCGUUGCCGCUGCCUGGGGUGAAAGAUUGUGCGCUCGUAUCAAGGUCUGUGCCGUGCCCAAUUCCGCUGUAGGGAUCAGUGAACCGACAUAAUUCCUCGUGCUGCUCGCUCAUCCAGUGCCACAGUGAUAUUACCGAUCGGGUGUGCGUGCUUCAGUGUUGUGAGUCUCGUUGCUUGUCGCUUGUGGUCAGAACGGAUGUUCGCUUUCGUGUGGGUCUAUUGUAAGCGAGUAAAACCCCCGUGUUCCAGGUGAUCGCCGAACAGGGAGCAAGUGCCCUACAAGUCCCAUAGCACCGAGUGAUUAGUGUUCAGUGAAGUUCGUCAGAUCCGACCAGGAUUCCCGAGUGUUAGACAGUGUGAAAGCAGUGUGAUCCCAUCCCCGUACGCCCAUCGCGUCGUCCAUUAUGCACAGGCUGAUAGUGUUGCUGCUGUUGCUGGCACUGCAAAUAGCGCGCCACCGUGCGGCCGGAAAUGUUCUAUUCCGACAAUUUCUCAUUACAGCGGUGGAACGGAACUGCAUUGUACCGCUAAAGCCGGACUGGUCCUACUCAUCGCCACUAAUAUUCACCCAGAACGGUGUGCUGGUCUCGCCCGAAAAUGAUAGCCCGGAGCUGGAGGAGAUCACGCUCGCCACCGGUGAUGAGGUGGUGUUGUCCUGCUCGCCCAACUACUUCCGGGAGUUUUCCUCCGAAAAGGUGCUGUGGGCGCGGUGCAAGAAGGACAAAACAUUUGUGGUGAACGGUAUGGACAAGAACUUCGUCUCAGCCUUAGCUUGUAAGGAACGUCCGAUCGAAGAGAUCAUUGUAUCGGUGCGUGGCUGUCCACCAACGUUGCGCUCGAUCGAGUACGGCUUCACCAAUCCCGUCACCAACAAAUCGUACAUCCUCGGCGAAGCCUGCUACGACGUGAAGCUCGGCCGGACCCACUUCAUCCACACCAAAGUAAAGUCCGGCACGAACAGCAUCGAACAGCUGGCACUCAAAGUAAAGGACAACGUGACUUACUUCCACGGCUACCAUCCGACGCAACGGUACAAGGUAGACCUCAGCAAAGCGCUCAACAUCAACGACCAGGCGGAACGGUUCCGGCCCGUGUUUGGUGUGAAGAAUGCGCCGAAAAUCGAGUCCCGCCGGUACAUCAACGAAGCACUGCUUACCCACCGACAGUAUCUCUCAGUAUUAAAGAUGGCCUGGAACUAUCAGAUCGUCAAGGAUCGCGAACAGCUGCUUAACCUCGACCGGCUCCUGCACGACAUCCGGACGCUGGACGAUGUGUCCGAGGUGGAGAUCUACACCGGCGCGCACGGUGUUAUGACGCUGCAGGACAAGCACAAUCAGAGCGCGGAGGUGUACCUGGUGCGCGAGAACCGAUUCCCGGUGCCGAAGCUACACUGGACGGUGGUACGCUCGCAGGACCGAGCCGUUGCGUUUGCCAUCUUCGGCAAAUCGCCACAGACCGAGCAGGAGCUCGAGCGGAGAAGCUUCUGCACGAGCGUGUGCGAGCAGAUCUCAUGGUUGAAGAAGCUGCACGAAAACGACGCGUGGCAGGAUGCGAGGGCCGGGUACGUACUUUGCUGUGAGCUGGAGGAUUUCCGUCGUACGGUCAAGGAGAUGCCACCGGUCGUUGGUGUUAAGUCGAUGCUCGUAUAACGUCGAUCUGGAGAGAGAAUGGAUACGUAAGAUGGCAGCUUACAGCGCGAAGGAUCUCUUGCUGCGAGACCCGGAGGACCUGUUCGACGUCAGCGGAAUCGGCUAUGCUCGGCUAACUGCUACAAACUGCUAUCGCUACUAUGGCUGCUGCUGAAGUACUUCCACAGCUACCACCACAACAAGAACAACAACCACAUCAACUACUACUACUACUACUACUUCUACUACUGCUUCUACUGAAGUCUCUCCCCGGCCGUGUGCUCGAAGAGCAUUAUGUCGGCAUUGUGAUUUUAAUUCUUUUUUUUUUUUGUGUGUAAUGUUUUAAAUUAAAACACUUUAGCUGUUAGAAUGUAGUAUUUUUAUGAAAACAAACAAAAAAAAAGACAACGAAGAAACCAACAACAAACUCAUUGCGCAAAUAAAAAGAGUACAAUUCGUUUAGUGUGCUUGAUACGUGAAU